AUGGUUGUUGAGAAGAAACCAGCUCCCAAGAAGGGAGCCAAGGAGAGUUACUCCAUCUACAUCUACAAAAUGAUGAAGCAGGUUCACCUUGACACCGGCAUCUUCUCCAAGGCUAUGAGCAUCAUGAACUUGUUUGUGAACGAUAUUUUUGAGCGCAUUGCGGGUGAGGCUUCUCGCCUGGCCCAUUACAUAAAGCGCAGCAUCAUCAGCUCCCAGGAGAUCCAGAUCUUUGUGCGCCUGCUGCUGCCUAGUGAACUGGCCAAGCACGCCAUGUCGGAAGGGACAAAGACAAUGACGAAGUACACCAGCUCCAAGUGA